CCAGAGAAGCACUCGUACGUUGCCAUGGGAGAGUUCGUCUGCCAACACCAGCAGCUUCCCUCCCUACCAGCACUAUAACACCUACCACCCCGACCAGUCCUCCCGCCAUAAGAAGACCUCUCCCAGCAACCCUCCGCUGGGAUCGUCCUUCUCCCCCUCCUCUAUGAGUGCGUACAGCCUGAGCUCUCUGAACAUGGGCACCCUGCCAAGGAACAUGUAUCCCAGCAGCCCCCGGGGCACCCUAAUGAAGAGGAAGAUGAAGAAGAAGGACUUCAAGAGCUCCUUGUCCCUGGCGUCCAGCUCCCUGGGCCUGGCGGGUCAGGUGGUCCACACUGAGACCACAGAGCUGGUCCUGGUCAGCGACUCCCUGCUGGGCUUUGGGAUCCAGCUGCAGGGCGGCGUCUUCGCCACGGAAACGCUCUCCUCACCCCCUCUCAUCGCCUACAUGGACCCCGACAGCCCGGCGGAGAGGUGUGGAAUCCUGCAGAUAGGAGAUCGUAUUCUGUCCAUUAACGGCAUCCCUACUGAAGACAGCACUCUGGAGGAGACCAAUCAGCUGCUCCGAGACUCUAGCAUCACCAGCAAGGUCACGCUGGAGAUCGAGUUUGACGUAGCAGAGUCCGUCAUCCCCAGUUCUGGAACCUUCCAUGUCAAACUGCCCAAGAAACCAGGCGUGGAGCUGGGUAUCACCAUCAGCUCUCCAUCCAGCAGGAAACCUGGAGAUGCCCUCAUCAUCUCUGACAUUAAGAAGGGGAGCGUGGCACACAGGACGGGGACUCUGGAGCUGGGGGACAAGCUGCUGGCCAUCGACAACAUGCGUCUGGAGAGCUGCUCCAUGGAGGACGCCGUGCAGAUCCUGCAGCAGUGUGAGGACCUGGUCAAGCUCAAGAUACGCAAGGACGAGGACAACUCUGAUGAGCAGGAGCUGUCAGGCUCCAUCAUCUACACGGUAGAGCUGAAGAGGUAUGGUGGUCCUCUGGGGAUCACCAUCUCAGGCACAGAGGAACCCUUCGACCCCAUCAUCAUCUCCAGCCUGACCAGGGGGGGCCUGGCCGAGAGGACCGGAGCCAUACACAUCGGGGACCGCAUCCUGGCCAUCAACAGUAACAGUCUGAAGGGGAAGCCCCUGAGCGAGGCCAUCCACCUGCUGCAGGUGGCCGGGGAGGCAGUCACCCUGAAGAUCAAGAAGCAGGGAGACCUGGCCAGUCCUAAGCAGGCCCCAGGGGGCCCAGGGGGGCCGGGGGGGCUCCGAGGGGACCUGAGUGACGUGGAGGACGAGGGGGGCCAGGGGGGGCCACUGUACUCCACCACCAUCCCCAGCGAGGGGGGCCAAGGGGGGCCGCUGUACUCCACCACCAUCCCCACCGUGGACAGUGCAGUGGAGUCCUGGGAUGGGUCUGCUCUGGACAACACCUUCACCAGCCAGGUACCAGGGUUCCAGGCGUCUGGGUACAGCUUCCACAGUCAUGAAUGGCGGAACGCCAAGCCCAGCCACGACAGCCAAUCACCUGGCAGCACCCGCCAGAGGAACAUCCUACAGGACCUGGGAUUGGACAAUGACUGGGACCGUGCCCCGACCAGCGGGUUCACAGUGGGGCAUGAUGGGACUGAACCAGACCAGGAAGAGAACUUCUGGUCGCAGGCAUUGGAGGACCUGGAAACCUGUGGCCAAUCAGGAAUCCUGAGAGAGCUGGAGGAGGAACCAGACAGGGUUUUGAAUCAGAGAAACCUGACCAUGCUGGCCACCAUCAUGUCAGGCAGCAGCCUCAGUCUAAACCACGAGCUCCCCUCCCGGUCCCAGCUGGGCCGGCAGGCCAGCUUCCAGGAGCGAGGCUCCAGCAGGGCGGCCCCCAGCCCGUCCGCUCGCUCCAGCACCCUGCCCUCCGACCCCGGGCGCAAGGCCUUCGCCCUGAGGAAGAUGAGGCAGGAGAUCUCAGACAUCCUGGCCCCGCCCACACCUGUGGAGCUGCACAAGGUGAGCCUGGAGAAGGAGUCGGACCUGGAGGACUUUGGUUUCAGCGUGUCUGACGGUCUCCUGGAGAAGGGUGUGUAUGUCAGCAACCUCCGGUCUGGGGGUCCUGCAGAGCUAGGGGGGCUCAAGUCCUACGACAGGCUGCUACAGAUCAACCACGUUCGGACCCGAGACUUCGACUGUUGCCUGGUGGUUCCUCUCAUCGCAGAGUCUGGCAACAAGCUGGAGCUGGUGAUCAGCAGGGGUCUGGCUUCGGCUCAGCCAGCCGGCGAGCUCCACAACACUCCCGCGGACCUGAGCCACUCCCCCGCAGACCCCCUGCUGAGCUGGAGCGAGGCUGGGGGGAACCCGCUGGGGGGGACCCGACUGUCCACAGACUCACUGUCUGCUGGCCUGCAGCUUAACUCGAGGCUGGGGCCGGGGCUGGGGCCGGGGGAGGAUAGAGACCCCAAUAAGACCUUAUAGCAGAGUGGACGGCCUCAGAGUGAACGGCCUGGAUCUCCUUGGUGCUACUGACUGUGGUCCCGCUGCGUGGAUGUGUAGCUCUAUAAAGCACAGACACACUCCUGUCCUGGAGACAAGGCCUACAGGCCACCCACACCAGGAGUCUCCUUCUUCCUCCUGUUCCUCCUCAUCCUGUUCCUUCUCCUCCUCCUCUCCUCCUCCUUCUCUUCUCCUCCUUCUCAUCCGGGAGGAGAGCAGAACACCGUCACUCCUAGACUGAUGUGAGUCUGAAACAGUGACCAGUGCCAUCAUUAUCUCUCCUACCUUUCUCCACUGGGCUGGUCUCUCCUCCUGGUCUCUCCCAGCUGUCUGUGCUGGUAUCUGGUCUAACCCUAACCCUGACUACCAGAUCAUGUGGACCCUGUCGGGUGUUUUCAUGUGCUGUUGGACUGGCUGGUCUGUGUGUGUGUGUGUCUGUGUGUGUGUGCACGUGUGUGUGUAGGCUAUGUAUGUUUGUGAGCGUGCGUCACAAGUGGUUCCAGGCCAAACCUUUGACCCUGCUCAUCAGUAGCAACACAUACUGUCCUGAUGAUGCAUUCACACACAUACAAUCACACACACACACACACUCAACACAUACUGUCCUGUUGAUGUAUUCAGUCUGUUCACUGUUCAGGCUUCACUAAAACACUAAGACCUUCAGCACACACACACACACACACUCAUUCACACCUCAUAUGUGUGUGUGAGUCAGAACACACUACCCCUAGUCAGCACAGUCACACAGUCAGUCUGUCUCCUGACCCCCCCCCCCAUGACCUCCUGACCUUUGACCCCUGACCCCUCCUCACGCCACAGAACUUCAGCUGGCUGCACAUGUCAAGCAUGAUGUCAUCUGUUGUGAAUCCUGAGCCGUCCAAUCCUGUCUCCCCCUUUCUCUGAGUAAAUAUGAAUAUGCUAAUCUAUGUGCUACUACUGGCGUUGUUACAAGUAUGUUUUGUACGUUUUAUCGUUUUCUGAGGUCGCAGCCCUGAAGGCUUUACUAACCAUGUGUAAAAAAGAGAAUGGUUGUUGUGGUUUUGAAACCCGGGCCAUUAGGAUGAAAUCUGUGUCAUUUCUCACCAACAACGUCACAACAACGGAUUUCCAGGAUAUUUCUUUCCGUUUCUUACAAAGUACAGCUGCUCUGCAUCAAAAUAUCCAUUAGGACAAAAAAAGGCCUGUUUUAGUCAGGCUAGCGACGUUCCUCUCGUAUCCGUGGUGAUGAUCGAUGUCCCGCCCUGUUGUCAGCGCUCAUCCAAUCACACUGUCCACUCACUAUUUAAACUGUCUCGGCAACCAAUCACAGGGCUCCU